AUGGUUUAUCAUAUUUUUUCUUUCUGUAUUUCGUCGCUCGCUCUGUCUAUUUCGUCGCUCGCUCUGUCUAUUUCGUCGCUCGCUCUGUCUAUUUCGUCGCUCGCUCUGUCUAUUUCGUCGCUCGCUCUGUCUAUUUCGUCGAUCGCUCUGUCCCUCUCUCAACGUCGUCGAUCGCUCUCUAUCUCUCUCUACGUCGUCGAUCGCUCUCUAUCUCUCUCUACGUCGUCGAUCGCUCUCUAUCUCUCUCUACGUCGUCGAUCGCUCUGUCCCUCUCUCUACGUCGUCGAUCGCUCUCUAUCUCUCUCACGUCGUCGAUCGCUCUGUCUCUCUCUCUACGUCGUCGAUCGCUCUCUAUCUCUCUCUACGUCGUCGAUCGCUCUCUAUCUCUCUCUACGUCGUCGAUCGCUCUCUAUCUCUCUCUACGUCGUCGAUCGCUCUCUAUCUCUCUCUACGUCGUCGAUCGCUCUCUAUCUCUCUCUACGUCGUCGAUCGCUCUCUAUCUCUCUCUACGUCGUCGAUCGCUCUCUCUCUACGUCGUCGAUCGCUCUCUCUCUGUCGUCGAUCGCUCUCUCUCUGUCGUCGAUCGCUCUCUCUGUCGUCGAUCGCUCUCUCUGUCGUCGAUCGCUCUCUCUGUCGUCGAUCGCUCUCUCUGUCGUCGAUCGCUCUCUCUGUCGUCGAUCGCUCUCUCUCUGUCGUCGAUCUCUCUCUCUGUCGUCGUCUCUCUCUCUCUACGUCGUCGAUCUCUCUCUCUCUACGUCGUCGAUCUCUCUUUUUCUACGUCGUCGAUCGCUCUCUCUCUCUACGUCGUCGAUCGCUCUCUCCUUCUACGUCGUCGAUCGCUUUCUCUCCUUCUACGUCGUCGAUCGCUCUCUCCUUCUACGUCGUCGAUCGCUCUCUCCUUCUACGUCGUCGAUCGCUCUCCUUCUACGUCGUCGAUCGCUCUCUCCUUCUACGUCGUCGAUCGCUCUCUCCUUCUACGUCGUCGAUCGCUCUCUCCUUCUACGUCGUCGAUCGCUCUCUCUCUCUCCUUCUACGUCGUCGAUCGCUCUCUCUCUCUCUCUCUCCUUCUACGUCGUCGAUCGCUCGCUCUCUCUCUCUCUCUCUCUAGGUCGUCGAUCUCUCUCUAGGUCGUCGAUCGCUGGCUCUCUACGGUCGUCGAUCGCUGGCUCUCUCUCUCUCUCUCUAGGUCGUCGAUCGCUGGCUCUCUCUCUCUCUAGGUCGUCGAUCGCUGUGUCUCUCUCUCUCUCUAGGUCGUCGAUCGCUGUCUCUCUCUCUCUCUCUAGGUCGUCGAUCGCUGUGUCUCUCUCUCUCUCUAGGUCGUCGAUCGCUGUGUCUCUCUCUCUCUCUCUAGGUCGUCGAUCGCUGUGUCUCUCUCUCUCUCUAGGUCGUCGAUCGCUGUCUCUCUCUCUCUCUAGGUCGUCGUCCUGUGUCUCUCUCUCUCUAGGUCGUCGAUCGCUCUCCUCUCUCUCUAGGUCGUCGAUCGCUGUGUCUCUCUCUCUCUCUCUCGGUCGUCGAUCGCUGUGUCUCUCUCUCUCUAGGUCGUCGAUCGCUGUGUCUCUCUCUCUCUCUAGGUCGUCGAUCGCUGUGUCUCUCUCUCUCUCUAGGUCGUCGAUCGCUGUCUCUCUCUCUCUAGGUCGUCGAUCGCUGGCUCUCUCUCUCUCUCGCUCUCUCUCUAGGUCGUCGAUCGCUGGCUCUCUCUCUCUCUCGCUCUCUCUCUCUCUCUCUAGGUCGUCGAUCGCUGGCUCUCUCUCUCUAGGUCGUCGAUCGCUGGCUCUCUUUCUCUAUCGAUCUAUUUCGCCGAUCGUUCUUACUCUGGAUUUUCACUUUUUUCUCUACCUCCUACUUUUACCCUUCUUUCUCUUGCCUUUACCUCUCUCUCUUGACAGACGUCUCUCCCUCUCUCUCUUGCCCGUUUUAUCUCCCUCUCUCUUGCCCGUUUUAUCUCCCUCUCUCUCUCUUGCCCGUUUUAUCUCCCUCUCUCUCUCUUGCCCGUUUUAUCUCCCUCUCUCUCUCUUGCCCGUUUUAUCUCCCCUCUCUCUCUUGCCCGUUUUAUCUCCCUCUCUCUCUCUUGCCCGUUUUAUCUCCCUCUCUCUCUCUUGCCCGUUUUAUCUCCCUCUCUCCUGCCUUUACCUCCUUUUCUCUCCCCAUCUCUAUUUCUCUCUCUCGUCUCUCUCUCUCUCUCGUCUCUCUCUCUCUCUCGUCUCUCUCUCUCUUUCGUCUCUCUCUCUCUCUCGUCUCUCUCUCUCUCUCGUCUCUCUCUCUCUCGUCUCUCUCUCUCUCUCUCUCUCUCUCGUCUCUCUCUCUCUCUCUCUCUCUCUCUCGUCUAUUUCUCUCUCUCUCUCUCGUCUCUAUCUCUCUCUCUCUCUCGUCUAUUUCUCUCUCUCUCUCGUCUAUUUUUCUGCUCUUUAUCACUUACAUUUUUGCUUCUGUUUCCUCUUUGCUAUUGUCAUUGUCGACUAUAUAGCCACUCUCCCUCAUGUCUCUCAUUAUUUUUAUUAUUCAAAAUAA